CCCAAAAAAAAAAGAAUAAAAUAAAAGGAGGUGGGCCCAAGCCCACCAAUAAGAACACUUAAGACAGGUUAAAAGGAGCAGACAAAUAAUAGUUUUGAAUUCUCGGACAAAUCGCACGACUGGUCUUGUCCCCCUAGCGUAUCCCACGAAACUUUCUUCCUUUCACGCAUAGCAAUAUCCAAUCGCAGCCUUCACGUUGCGCAAAGUUGACGCCUUUUUUUGCAUCCUAGUUGUCCCAUCUCUUCUUCAAAUGUAAAGUGUUGUUCCGAGUUCUCAUCUGCUUCACACAGAUUCGUUACUGAAUCUUUGUGUUCUGUUUUGAAUCAAGUUCAGUGAACUAGCUAGGGUUUCUCUUAUGGAAUCGAACUUCUCUGGAACGGUCAACGGUUUCAAGUAUUAUGAUGUUGGUUUCUUACCAAAUCAGAAUCCUAAUCUCGGCUUCGGUGUUCCUUCCUCCAGCGACUUCGAUCUCCGUUUGGAUCAUUGGGUUCCAGCAACACAACAAGAUCAAGGUUUUGAUCUUCAUCAUCAACAACAGUACUCUCCUCCGGCUGAUGAGAUUGACUCCGAGAAUACCCUCUUGAAAUACGUAAACCAGCUCCUCAUGGAAGGGACUCUCGCCGAGGAGCAGACUACGUUCUACGAUUCUUUGGCUCUACGACAAACCGAGCAAAUGUUGCAGCAAGUCAUAAGCGACUCACAAGCUCAAUCUACGUAUACUAUUCCUGCUAAUUCGAUUACUAGUAGUAGUACUACUGGUGGUGGUAGUAGUUACUGGAGCAGUACUAGCAAUUCUAGUGUCGGAGGCCAAGUGUUGUAUGAUGAUGAUGCUGUUGGUGAUUCUGGUGUUAUUUCGUUUCAAGGACCAAACACUUUGCGUGGAUUCACACAGCCAACGAGUGAGAUUCUCGUCGGGAGCAUGUUUACUGAUACAGAUUCAGUUAACCAGUUCAAGAGAGGCCUUGAGGAAGCUAGCAAGUUUCUUCCUAACACCGAUCAAUGGAUCUUCAAUCCCGAUCACGAGGUGAAAGAAGAGAGAGGAUUGUCAGCUAGGAAAAAUCGUCACCGGCGGGAAGAAGAAGAAGAAGAUCUAGAGGAAGCUAGGAGCAGCAAACAAUCUGCUUUGACGGUUGUCGAAGAUAUUAAACUAACAGAGCUCUUUGACAAAGUCCUCCUUCUCGACGGCGAAAGCGAUCCGCAAGUCAUCGAAGAAGGCGACAGCGUUUCAAGCAAGCCUCAGGUCGCCAAGAAAGAAGGAGGCCGCACCAAAAAGAAGAGCCAAACAUUUGAUUUCCGCACGCUUCUCACUCUAUGCGCGCAAUCCAUUUCAGCAGGGGACAAGAUCACAGCCGACGAUUUGCUGAGACAAAUAAGGAAACAAUGCACGCCUCUGGGCGACGCGUCCCAGAGGCUGGCUUACUUCUUCGCCAAGGCGCUCCAGGCGCGUCUCGAAGGUAGCUCUGGAUCCACGAUCCAGAGCUACUACGACUCCAUCGCCUCCAAGAAACGAACGGCCGCUCAGACUCUUAAGUCCUACCACGUGUUCUUGUCCGCGUCUCCCUUCAUGACUUUGAUGUACUUCUACUCAAACAAGAUGAUUCUCGACGCUGCGAAAGACGCUUCCGUGCUUCACGUGAUAGACUUUGGGAUCCUCUACGGUUUCCAGUGGCCUAUGUUUAUACAGAAUAUAUCAAAAAGCAAGACCGGGCCGAGGAAGCUACGGAUAACGGGUGUAGAGAUUCCUCAGAACGGGUUCCGUCCUACGGAGAGGAUAGAUGAUACGGGACGGAGACUCACGGAGUAUUGCAAACGGUUCGGUGUUCCGUUUGAGUAUAACGCUAUCGCGUCCAGGAACUGGGAGACGAUACGGUUGGAAGAGUUCAAGAUCCGACCAAACGAAGUUCUCGCGGUUAACACUGCUCUCAGGCUCAAGAACCUUAGGGACGUGACUCCGGGAGGGGAAGAGGAUUGUCCUAGAGACGCGUUCUUGAAACUGAUCAGAGACAUGAAGCCUGACGUGUUCCUCAGCUCGACGGUCAACGGGUCUUUCAACGCCCCGUUCUUCACGACGAGGUUCAAAGAAGCUUUGUUUCAUUACUCGUCGCUGUUAGACAUGUUUGGUUCGACUCUUUCCAAGGAGAACCCGGAGAGGAUACAUUUCGAAGGGGAGUUUUACGGGAGGGAAGUGAUGAACGUGAUCGCUUGCGAAGGAGUGGAUAGGGUUGAGAGGCCGGAGACUUACAAGCAGUGGCAGGUGAGGAUGAUGAGGGCUGGGUUUAAGCAGAAGCCUGUGGAGGGAGAGCUUGUGGAGUCGUUUAGGGUGAAGAUGAAGAAGUGGGGUUACCAUAAAAACUUUGUGCUUGAUGAAGAUAGUAACUGGUUCUUGCAGGGCUGGAAAGGUCGCAUCCUGUUCUCUUCUUCUUGUUGGGUCCCUUCUUAGCUUUUGUAUUUAUGUUUUGUUUGUUUCUUCUUCUACUUGGUUGGUUUUCCUUUGCUCUG